AUGACGAACGAUGAAAUGCGCGGUGGAUGGCCCACCAGACAUGUGCAAAAAGUGAGGCCGGAUACUCGCAAACGAAGGGAUGAGAAUCAAAAUCCAGAAAAAAAAAAACCUCGGAGUCAAAAUCAUGUAUACCUACGGUAUUGUAGUAGAUCAGGCCUGGAUGCUCUCACGAGCUUUGCGUCGUUGCGCAAAAAAAAAAUUGGGUGGUGGGGGUUCAUCUGUUGGUUUUUAUUCUUGUUUCUUCUAUUGGUUUCCUCGGGUUCUUCUUUUCUCCCUAUUUUGUCAGUUUAG